AAUUAAGAAUAUAAAUCCAUCAUAUACAUUGGUUUUUCACUUCAUAAGAACAUACUUUGAAUACCUGCAUUUUGAUUAUAGUUGCAGAGGAAUUAGCAAGCUAGAGCUGAUAACAUUGUCUACUAGACCGGAAAAAUGUCGUGGCAGACUUACGUGGAUGAGCAUUUGAUGUGUGAUAUCGAUGGCACUGGCCACCAUCUAACUGCAGCUGCUAUUGUUGGCCAUGACGGGAGCGUUUGGGCUCAGAGUUCUUCUUUUCCCCAGGUUAAGCCAGAAGAGAUGAAAGGGAUCAUGACUGAUUUCGAUGAACCAGGUCACCUAGCUCCUACAGGUUUACUUCUUGGCGGCACCAAGUACAUGGUCAUUCAAGGUGAACCUAAUGCUGUUAUUCGCGGGAAGAAGGGAUCGGGAGGCGUGACCAUCAAGAAGACGGCUCAAGCUCUACUCUUUGGUGUCUAUGAAGAACCGGUGACCCCAGGACAGUGCAACCUGGUUGUUGAGAGGUUGGGAGAUUAUCUUUCAGAACAGGGCCUCUAGGCCUCUUUCAUCACAUCAGUCCAGCACUGUUAUUGAGAAUACUCUUCCUUCCUUUUACUUUAUUUUUUCCUUAAAAUUUUGAUUAAUUACUAAAUUGGCAUCUCCCUCCUUCAAAAUUCAAGGAAUUUUAAAGUGAGGUGGCUGCAGUGUUGCAGAGGACAAACUUAUGAGGUCAUAAAUUGAUUGUCUGGUAUUCUAAAUAUUCAAGUUCAAGUGUUUUGCAAUAUAUUUUGGUAUAUAGUAAUUCUUUCCAGCCUUGUAGAGUUACUUGAGUAUAUCAGGGACUCUGAUGUCUUUGUAUCGCUUCCUAUAAAUAUAUACUUUCUGUAAGAGAAACAGACCUCCA